UUUUUUGCCAUCCCCAACGCAAACAAGCUCCAAAGCAGAUUGAUAAAAUUACCAUCGGACAAUUAUUUUUGCACAAUACCUGAGUGUUUUAAAAGCUGAGAGUGCAGUGCAAUUGAUAAUAAGUCGAGGAGUACUUUCGCGGUCAUACGCAAAUAAAAUAAAUGAUAGUACGCAAGGAAUCUCUUAUUACAGAAAUUGGUAAAGUUAUUCGGAAAGUUCGCAGGGGGAACGCAGCCAUUUUUUCAGGCAACAUACACGCCAGAACCAAAAUUCGAAUCAAAUAGCGGCUUCGAGGCGCGUCGGUGGAAAGAGCGGCACCCCAAACAGAUCCAACAACAACCAUCACUCGAAGAUGAACACCAAUUCAAAGGCGGAUCCCAUCUCGCUGAGCUUCCACGACUCGUGUCUUCGCAUGUCCGACGUGCAACUGCUGCGUGGACCGCACUGGCUAAACGACCAGAUUAUAAGCUUCUACUACGAGUACCUGACACACGUGAAGUACAAGAAAAACAAUGAUAUCACGUUCAUAGCUCCCGAGGUGACCCAGUGCAUGAAGUACAUGGACGACCAGGAGCUGGAGCAACUCAUGGACCAGAACAACGGCACCAAGAAGCCGUUCAUAUUCUUCGCCAUGAACGACAACAGAAGUUUCGAGGCCGGUGGUACGCACUGGUCGCUGCUGGUAUUCUCGCGUCCGGAGAAGACCUUCUAUCACUUUGAUUCAUACGGAAACAACAAUACAAGCAACUCCGUGGAGCUGAUGAACAAGGUGAAGGAAACUAUGGACGUGCGUUCGGCCAAGUUCCGACCAAUGCGCUGCCUGCAACAGGCCAAUGGCUACGACUGCGGCAUACACGUCAUUUGCAUGACGGACCACAUUGCCGACUACCUUAAUAGGUAUGAGGUGAUGGAUGGCCUACCGCCACUGCAGGUGGACUCCGUUAAAGCCAAACGCACGGAGCUACUGAAGCUGAUCAUGUCGCUGGGCGGCAAGGGCUAGAUCUCGUUCCUUUCCUUUAAUUUCUAGUUUUAAAUAACAAAUAUCAAUGCUGUAAAUGUUGCAUUUACAAAAUACCCCUCCAAA